GUCAGUCUCAGGCGUUUCGUUCCUCGGCAUCUCAAGCGCAGCAGCGAUGGUGGACAUCGACCACCGGAUGGCCGGGCUGGCCCCGUCGGUGGCGCACACCGCGGCGCUGCGCCGCCUCUCGACGCGCGCCGCCGCGGGGCCGUCAUCGGCGUCCGCGUCGCCGCGCCACGGCCUCCACUCCUUCCACGCCGUGGCUGCAGGCGUGCUCUCCCACCUCCGCGAGUCCGGGGUGGCCGUCCUCCCGGGCCUCUCGGACGCGGAGCUGGUCCGCGCGGAGGCCGAGUUCGGGUUCACGUUCCCGCCCGACCUCCGCGCGGUGCUCGCCCUGGGCGUGCCGUCGGGGCCCGGGUUCCCGGACUGGCGCGGCCGGGCCGGCCUCCGCGCCGCGUUCGACCUCCCCGCGGCGGCGGCGUCGCUCCAGGUCGCGAGGGGCGCGCUGUGGCCGCGGUGCUGGGGCCGGCGGCCGGCCGACCCGGGCCGCGCGCUGCGGCUCGCGCGCUCCGCCGUACGCCGCGCGCCGCCGCUCGUGCCGCUCUUCGACCGCUGCUACCUGCCCUGCCGCCCCUGCCUCGCGGGGAACCCGGUGUUCUUCGUCGCCGACGACCGCGUCCUCUGCUGCGGCCUCGACCUGCUCUACUUCUUCACGCGCGACUCCUCCUUCCAGCCGGCGGACCGCGCCGUCGUCUCCUCCUCGUCCCCGCUCUCCGCCGGCGCGAGCAGGCCGUCGUGCACGCGCCGGAGCCUCGACGCCGUCCAGGCCCCGCGCUGGAUCGAGUUCUGGAGCGACGCCGCGUCGGACCGCCGCCGCCGCGACUCCUCGUCCUCCGAAGCAUCCACCGCCUCCUCGUCCUCCUCCUCGUCGUCGUCCUCAGGAUGCCCAUCGCCACCCCGGCGGCCAACCCCGCGGUGGGUCGACAGCUACCUCGACGAGCUGGGGUCAAUGCUGAAGAAAGGGGGCUGGAGGGACCGAGAAGUGGACGAGAUGGUCGAGGUCACCGCCUCCGGGUUCUUGGACGACGGCGAGGAGGCCCCAACACCCGACUCCGAGGCUAUCCUCGACGCGCUGGUCCUCAAGACCGACCGGUGCUCGGACUCGCUCCGGCGCGCCGGGUGGACCGCCGAGGACGUGUCGGACGCGCUGGGGCUCGACUUCCGGCGCGGCGAGGAGCGCUCCCGGUCGGCCGUGCGGAUCCCGCCGGAGAUCGCCGCCAAGGUCCAACGCCUCGCGCAAGCGCUGGCGCGCCCGUGACGUGACGUCGAUCGAUCUCCCCCGUUCCCGCCGCCGGAGGCUUCCCAUUCUUUGUUUAUCUCCAGUCCGAAUCGAACUGCACUAGUAUAAAAGUGAGAAAGUAAACUAGGCCAUGUUCGCGCGAGUGAAUUAUGCCGUGCUCAUGUGCGCGAAGCACCGUGCGUUGUAAGGAUACAGGAUCCCAGAAGAGAAAUGAGAGCUAAAUUAGCCGAGAAGACACAUUUGCAGUUAAAAACGCUCCA